AUCUCUGCACCAGGCUUCAGUCAUGAGGAUCCAUUACCUUCUCUUUGCAUUUCUCCUGGUGCUGCUGUCUCCACUUGCAGCCUUUACCCAAAAUAUCAACAAUCCAAUAGCAUGCAUGAGAAAUGGAGGCAUAUGCUGGGGUCCAUGCGCUACCGGUUUUCAACGGAUUGGCAAUUGUGGCCAUUUAAAAGUCAGAUGCUGUAAGAUAAGAUAGAUACAAAAAGGAAGAACAGCAAGAUGAAUACAUUGCCAGAAUUUGCUCCUCCACGAAGAUGCACAAAUCAAACCUAAUUAAAGUUCUUUGAUUACCUUCUCU